AUGUCGAAACCCCUCAAUUCGUACCCGAUUUCUUCGAAGUCCCGCACGAAAUUGCACGCCUUCCGAUAUGACGACGAUGCCGAGAAAAGUACUGAGAAGUCGCCAGCCAAGUCAUCGUCGAAAUCAAACCAUGCAACCAAGGAGAACCAAGCGUCAUGGCUAAAUGGAGUGGUGGAACAAGAGGAGCCGCGGCCCGGCAAAGAACCACUUUCGAGCCAAACGACAGAAACCAAGCAAAUCAAAGAGUGCCCACAGACUCCCAUGAACAGGCUCCCUUUGGCAGAUUUAAUUGGAAAUGCGGAAGAUGCCAUCAGCCGGGCUCCAGGACAAGAGCUUACCCCGGAAGAUCAUGUUAUUUGGCAGCAUGUCCCUACGAGUUCCAAUUCAGGCUCGGUGUCUCGAUCCGCACGAGGCAAGAAGCGUCGUCACAGUGCAACUCCGAGCAGUUCUCCUCUAGCAGACAAUUCGAAUUACGCGAAUCAAGAACCCCUCGACAUGCAAUCCGCCCAAGCGUUGCUCAAAACGCCACAAAACGAUUUGGCCACUGAUUUAUGGAACAAUUACGUCGGAAAAGGUGUACUGAACGGCAACGGUGACCUCCCUCCACCUCGCCUGCAAAACCUCCUGUCAUCAUCUCCUCAAACUCCGGCAUCGGCCAAGAAAGGCCGAGAUUCAUCAGGCUUGAGACGUGCCAUCAGCUGUAAUGUCGAUUGGCCAACGUCAAAAGCAAAGCGGCGGAGAAUGGACGGAGAUGGCUCAAGAACCGGCCGCAACAUAUUUUCUCGAUCUAGAAGCAACGUUGUCGAUUCGGGAAAUGCGAAGACUACAAGCCUCAGGUCUCUCGUCGAAAAGAUGGAAAGUCUUCACAAAGCCCCUGCUGCUCCUGCUGAUCCACCCGGCUCAUCAUCUGUGCCUGUGCGCGCAAAUGUACAACAACGGAACCGAUCGAUACCCCCGAUUGAAGAUAAAACGGCCCUGAAAGUUUCUGGAAUGGCGGGCAGCAAAGAUACGACAAACACUCUUGGACCAAAUUCUCGGGAGUUGCAAGAGACAACUCCCCAAGGAUCUUCAUCUGAAUUCGAAGAUGACGACUUGGAUAUGGAUCUCCUUGAAUUUGCGGAUACCACCUUGGACUCAUUCACAGAGCCAACGCAAUCACGCAGUACUGUGCAUUCGGUGAAACCUGUACCGACAAAUAGGCCUGUUUCAAAAGAACAGCACAUGUACGACCACAGCAUGGAGGCAAUGCCUCAUAGUACCAAUGUGGGCAUGAACAUCAGAAAUGCUGCCAACGACAUUGACGAAUUCGAUGAUGAUGAUGACGAACUACCAGAAAAUAUACGCAUGGUUCUAGAUGGAUGUGAUAAAGCGCCUGUUGCCGCCAAGCCAGAAUCCUCACCGACUCCUAAGCACGCUGUUUCGACAAAUUCAUCCAAAGAGAUCGAGAAACCAGAUUCAUCCUCUGGUGAUGAAUUUGACGACGAAGAUUUCGAUUUCGAGGCCAUCGAACAGUCAAUGAGGCACCCAGGUGAUAAUGGACGAAGUCAUAACAUUAGAAGUCGACAGGCUAUCAAACGCUAUUUGAUCGCGGAUACUGCGGAGGAUACGUAUACCACGCCGAAAGGACGCGCUCAGCCAGAGCAGAUACUUUUAGUCCAGGAUGAAAAAUCCAAACUUAGAAAAGUGAUCAUUCUGCGUGAAUCCUGGUUCGAUAGUCCCUGCAGCAAGGAUUCGUAUAUCCACUUAAUCGGCGAGUUCGACGCACAAGGACAUUGUAUCGUGGAUGAUUCUCAAAACAUGAUCAUUCUCCAUCCAGACCACUUAAUCUCAGCAACUGUUGUCUCGGACUCUACCAGCUGCCAACGCCGAGCCGUACUUCAGGAGCGCAUCAAAUAUUCUGGCGACAUUGGAAAGGCACAAGUUUUUGGAAACGUUUUUCAUGAAAUUUUCCAAGAGGCUAUGAAGAAAAACAGGUGGGACUUGAGCUCGUUAAAGAGCUUGGCUACCAACGUCCUGAGCAAACACGUCGAAGACCUCUAUAUAAUCCAAAUGACUAUGGCCCAAGCAGUUGAAUAUGUGAUGGGGAGAAUCCCAGCUUUGAGGUCUUGGGCAGAAACCUUUCUCAGAGUCAAACCUACGAACGAAUCCGUUGUCGAAGAUCGGAAUAGUUCUAAAAUGCGGUUGAGUAUCAACAAACUCCUCGAAGUUGAGGAGCAUAUAUGGUCUCCAAUGUACGGGCUCAAAGGCAAUGUCGACGCGACGGUACAAAUUGCCUGUAACGAUGGGGAAGGUGACAAAAACCUUGUCAUUCCACUUGAACUCAAGACAGGAAACCGGGAUACAAAUCACGCUCAUAGGGCUCAGACUGCCCUUUAUACUUUGCUGCUCUCGGAUCGAUAUGAUGUGGACGUGAACUUUGGGCUACUUUACUACCUCGAGAUAUCGAAGAUCUUUCGUAUACGUGGUAUUCGACAUGAGCUGCUGCAAAUGAUCCAGGAACGCAAUCGCCUAGCUGGAUAUGUGCGCCAAAGACUCCAACUGCCGCCAAUGGUGAAAAGGCCAGGAAUGUGUAAUAAGUGCUAUGCGAAGACACCUUGCUUGAUCUAUCACAAGUUGGCGGAUGAUGGAAAUGGCGAUUCCAGUGGACUGGGUGAUGACUUCGACAAGGACACUGACCAUUUGACUCCCCAGCACCAGGCAUUCUUCAAGAAAUGGGACCAGCUUCUGACGAAGGAGGAGCAAGAUAUGAUGAAAUUCCGACGCGAGCUCUGGACUCUGCUGAGUACCGAAAGAGAAGCUCUUGGGCGCUGUUUCGGCAACGUCGUUAUUGAACCUGGAUCGUCUUCAGAUGACAAUGAUAAUGUCAAGAUAAAUCGGUACCGGUACACAUUCAUCAAAAAGCAAGCGUCUCCGUCAUUCUCGUUUACCGAGUCUCAGCUCACUUUAGGAGAGCCAAUUGUGGUAUCUGAUGAAAAAGGCCAUUUCGCCCUCGCAAACGGAUACGUGGUUCAAGUCAGCCCCAAGCGUAUCACGGUUGCUGUGGACCGGAGGCUGCACAAUGCCAGGACUAAGACUCCAGGUUUUGAUUCCAAGUGGAACCAAUCAUUCAAGGGUGUCAUGGAGAUUCUUGACAACGGCGCCUCUGCGACUACUGCUCAGGCGGAUGACUCUGAAGAAGAGAUGGUAUAUCGGCUCGACAAGGAUGAGUUCAGCAAUGGAAUGGCAAUUGUUCGGAAUAACAUCGUCGCCAUGAUGGAGAGGGAUUUAUUCCAGGCUAAACAACUGAGAAGGCUAAUCGUGGAUAACGAGCCUCCUGUGUUUAAGCCCACGUCAUCCCACAAGAUGUCAGAGGCUGGCAUGUCAAAUCUGAACAUUGAUCAGAAACGGGCCAUUGACAAGGUCAUGAGCGCCAAGGACUAUGCACUGGUUCUUGGGAUGCCUGGGACGGGAAAGACAACCACGAUCGCACAUAUUAUCCGAGCAUUGGUGUCCCAAGGGAAAAGCGUCCUCUUGACUUCCUAUACUCAUACCGCAGUUGAUAACAUUCUGCUCAAGAUCCGUGGCGAGAACGUUCGGAUUCUGCGCAUUGGGGCUACUGCUAAGGUCCAUCCUGAAGUCCAGCAGUUUGUGGACUUAGCCGCAACCCCUAGAAACUCCGUCGAAGAGGUACAGGCAAGAUACGAGAAUCCGCAAAUUGUUGCAACUACCUGCCUGGGUGUCAAUCAUAGUAUAUUCAGCCGACGCAUAUUCGACUAUUGUAUUGUCGAUGAGGCAUCGCAGAUUACUCUUCCCGUUUGUUUAGGGCCUAUUCGGAUGGCAAGAACCUUCAUUCUUGUUGGUGAUCAUUUCCAGUUGCCUCCGCUUGUACAGAACAAAGAGGCCCAAGAGGGUGGCCUCGACGUCAGUCUUUUUAAAUUGUUGUCUGCUGCUCAUCCAGAUUCUGUGGUGAACCUGGAACAUCAGUAUCGAAUGGCGGAGGAUAUCAUGCUUCUUUCGAACAACCUUAUCUAUUCGGGACAUCUGAAAUGUGGCACGCCCGAGGUCGCAUCACGCUCGCUAGAGAUCCCCAAUAUUGCUGGGCUUGAGCAACAUCAUAUCGACCAAUUUCCGCAAACCCCGACUAUGCGACAGCGCUGUCUAGGUACGAGUCAAGGUCGUUGUUGGCUUCGGGAUCUCGUUGAUCCCUCAGUUAAGACCCGUUUUGUGAAUACGGACACGCUUGUAACGACGGCUUUGGAGGUGGCAGUGGGCUCGAGGAUUGUGAACACAACCGAGUCAACGCUUUGUGCUCAACUCGUUGAAGCAUUUAUUUCCUGCGGCAUAUCAGCGCGCAACAUUGGCGUUAUUACUUUCUACCGCAGCCAACUCUCAGUAUUAAAGCAAGAUCUUCGACACUACUUGCCAGAACUUGAAAUGCACACUGCAGACAAGUUCCAAGGACGAGACAAAGAAGUUGUGAUCCUGAGCUGCGUGCGAAGCAAUGCAGAGAACUAUGUCGGUGAUCUGCUUAGCGAUUGGAGACGAGUCAAUGUCGCAUUUACACGAGCCCGGACCAAACUCCUCGUGGUUGGCAGCAAGAACACGUUGCGGGAUGGCAACGAACUUCUUGGUAAAUACAUGAACCUGGUGGAAAACCGCGGAUGGGUGUAUGAUCUACCAGAAGGCGCGAUUGAGAAUCAUGUCUUCCAGCACGAUAGCUUGAGCGCCACACAAACACAACCUCCUCGUGCUUCACAGAGCAAACCAUCUUUCACUCCGAAGAAAAGACCCUCUCAGACUAAGGCUGCCCGGAAUCCUCUCAGUCCAGUACAGGAUGGACAAGGCCCGAAUGGCGCCAAACAGCCGGCCAAGAAGGGUGCCAAAAUACUGAACGGUAAUAGGGUCAUUGGAAAUCGACCUAUUCUGCAGGACGUGGUGAACGACUUUGUUGGUUGA